CGUUAUCAAAAAGUUUUUUCCGCGAUCCGCGAAAAACGGGAAAAGUGCGAGCGAUUUUCCUACCAAAGGAAGCGCGUUUCAUCGGAGUUUGCUUGUGCGAGAGACGGAAAAAGCAGAUUUCGUGGUGGCCACCGGACCGGAGGAGAAUUCCGAUCGUACGACUGAUCGUGAGAAAAGUGAGUUGUGAGAGUGUUACAGGCAAUGUGUUACGAUCAUGUCCGAGGCACCGGAAGUGAAACGUGUAAAAUUGUCCGACGAUGCUGAGCCAGGUGUUCGCGAAGAGCUUAAGGAUCCUGAAAAGCUACGAAUAGAAUCGAUUUUAGCCGACGAAUACACCAAACAGAUCGCUAUGAUCGAAGUAUGCGUCGGUAGCGUGGCGGACAGUAAACACCUCUCGAAACUUGUGCCAGCGCUGGCGAAGAUUCUACCACUGACCAGUUUGCAGCAUCUAAAACGUGUAAACCGCGAUGGAACGAUCAUACUGGCACCGGUAGAAGAACUGAACAGAAAGCUUGGCGAUGGAGCGGAGAAUGAAACGACAGCCGUCCUGCUCCAGGCAUACCUACGAUCCGAAGGAUUGCUCGAUAAAUCGCUCAUCGAUGGAUUGUGUGCUGGAAUGAAGAUUGUAUCUGUACCCGCAACGCAACCAUUGCUUCGUUGGCAGUACGAUCUUGUGAAUUCGGUCUGGCCAUGUAAGUUCCAUCCUAACCGUCACAAUGAAGCCCUCUACACCAACACACUAUUCGACAAGCAUGAGGCGCACCAGCAUCGACAAAUUAUGGAACUGUGUUUGUGGCUUGGCAAACAGGAAAAGGGUCGACCAAUUGGGGUAUGCGUCAAUCCACGGCUUGGCUCGCGGAUUGCAGCCAUCGGUGUUGGCCGUAGCGAACAGCAUCCCGUCUGGCACUGUCCGAUGGUGCUGAUCGAUAUGGUAGCCGUAUCCCAAUCCGGUGGCAUCUGGAACCGUUUGCCAUCGACAAGUACAGGAGGGCCUCUUCGUGAGGAUGGCUUCCAUUAUGGUGGCAUCGAACCACGGUAUGAGCGAUUAGUGCGUGAGCAGUACGGCGAGCUGUUCAGCUUCGGAGCGGAACCUAUUCGGAACGGCGGAACGACAGCGCUAGCGCGGGACGAAUCGGGCGAUUCAGAUAAUCUGAUCAAGUAUGGACCAUAUUUGUGCACGGGCUAUGAUGUGUACCUUACGCAUGAACCGUGUAUCAUGUGCGCCAUGGCCCUAACUCAUAGUCGCGUUCGGCGGGUAUUUUAUCAUCAUCUCAACGCUCACGUAGGCGCACUCGGGAGUCUAGUAAAGCUGCACACGAUCAAGGAAUUGAAUCAUCGUUACGAAGCAUUUCGUAUACUGUAAUGUACCUCGUCAUCGUCUCGAUCGGCUCUUCAGCAAAAUAAACAACCUGACUUUACAACAAAUAACAUUGGAACCUGUUCUGUCCCUAGAGAAAAAAAAACACGGUUCAAAUGUGUCUUUUUUCCCAGUUUCUCGUAAAAAAAAACUUCAAUCAAAAUGGCGAGCCUUUUGCCCGGUUCCAGUCACGUGAUCUGCUGGCAUUGCUUUUUAUGAUCCUCCCUC